AUGAGCGAGCAUGAAGAGCUGGUGGAAACCGUGAAGCAGCAGCAGAGGAGCAGCGAGAUUGCGCGCGAAGGUUGGAGACACUACUGCGGUGCAUUGGCUGAGGGCGUUCGUGAUCCAAAGAAACAUAGUUCUGAGUUCCUGAAGAACUUCUUGAAGGUCCUGGAGGACCUUCAGCAUAGCCAGGUUCCAAUCGUUGAGGACACCGAGCAUGAGCCCAGACUCGUGAGGAGUGCCUGUCCUUCACUGGGUUCGAAUCAGUUGGAAUUGCUCAUGCCUGAGAGUGAGGUCAGCGUGAUGAAAGAUGUGGUUAAUGCCAACUGCUAUGGUUUUGCGCCUGGAAAGGCGUCAGUGCUUUCGCAGGGUGACGUUCUGCUUGAUAUUGGAGCUCAUGUUGGCAUUGCUUCUGCCUUGGCGCUUCGCACAGCUGAUGUAUCGGUAAUAUCUGUGGAACCACAUCCUGUGACCUUCGAACUACUUACCCGGAACCUCGCCGAGUCUGAGAACCACACCGUGCCGCGCGGAGUGCCGCGCGUGCGGCUGCUGCAGCUGGCUGUGGCCGAUGUGAACUGUGCUGGUCGAGAGUUCUUUGGGCAUCGCGGCACCAACAACCCAUCGAGGUUAUUCUUUGCCAGUCUCUUCGACACUCGAAGCCACAGCAACCUGGCAAUCCAAGUUCCUUGCAUCGCGUUGCAAGAGUUGAUCCUUCAGCAGAAGCCCACAGUGGUGAAGAUCGACGCCGAAGGUGCUGAGCGGUUUUUGAAGACGGUGGACGAUUUUGUGCUGAUUCGAAAGCUGGUGGUGGAGUGGGAUUGGACCCACAAUCGCUCGAAAGCUUUGUGGGAGGAAGUCAGAGCUCAUUUGGAGGCCCAUGGCUUUAAGCUGAAGAUCCUGGGGCGCAUGCCAGAGUUUGACCAGCAUGGUCAGGCCAUACUGACAGAUGCUCGUUGCAAGAAGAGGGGCAACACUGGCAUGAUCUUCCAAGCAUCUCGCAAGCUGCCGGCGAGUGAGAGAGUGGCAACUGCGACAGGGGAAGACACAACACCUGUCAAAGUGGAGGCCGACCUGGGCGAGGACAGGCCCGAGGACGAGGACGUCUGGAGCGAAGUGGAACUUCAACCGUCCUUGGAACUUCAACUGGGAGCUUUGUCCAUUGAAGACAUGGAAGCACGCUUGAGGCAGUUUGGAGAGGAGCUCCGUCCUGUCAAGGCGGAGGAGUUCUUCGUGCUCGGCUUCAAGGAGAGACGCCGGUCGGAGCUCCUCAGGGCCUUAUGCGAGGCCUAUCGGAGCUCGGUGCCGCGAGAGCUGCUGCCACCAGAGGAAGGGAUGGUGCUGCCACCGGAGGCCGUCAGGGAGCUUUUGGAGCACUUGAGGACCAUCAGGUUUGAGGAGAACCAGAGGCCCUCGGUGCAUGCCUCUGGCUAUCUCGUGCUCAAAGCCGGGCAGGCCGCGAAGUUGGCAGAUUCCUGGGGGUCCGAAAGCCGCAGCUUGGGUCGCCUUUGGGCUUUGGCGGAAGCUCUUUUGAGAGGUGCUUCUCCAAAAGCUGCUGCCUUCCACUUUACAUCCAUGGCGGUGACCCAGAACUUCCGGGGCAGCCCGCAUAUCGACCAAAAUGACUUCUCUGUGCAGUACGCCUUGUCAGUGGGUGACUUUACAGGCGGUGGCGAGCUGUGCGUGGAAGAAAGCCCCAGCAAGGUACGAGUCCUUCAGACGCAGAACCGUUUGGUGUGCAUCGAUGGGCGCUUUCCACAUUGGGUCUCAGGAUAUCGUGGAGAGAGGCUGCAUGGGACUAACGGCAGCUCGUGGCUGCGAAGUCAUUUCGGUCGUUCAGAAGAUCCAAUAACACCUCCACGAAUACGGCUGCCUGGCUGCCCGCAGUGCGCAAUGCGCGCGCACAGCUUGCUUCGAAGAAUUGGCUCAUUGGCGCGCGACACGACGAAGCAUAUUGCGAUCAUUGCUAUCCGAAUCCGCUAUCCUUCGACGAAGCACGCAGCGUUCGGGUGA